AUGAUGAGUCUGAAGAAGAAGAAGAGUCUGAUCGUCGACGGUUUGCAGUGGAUGGUUUUAAUGAUUUUCUUUGAUGACAACAUCGAAAAUUCUAGUGGACAUUUAUAUGGUUUGGGUGCACCCUUCUCCGUAAAUGUCAACAAUUUCCAAGACAACGGGGAGAAUGGGAACUCCUCCUGAUCUUUAGAAAACGGGCAUGUUAUAAGCCUAACACCUCAACCUUCGGUGUUCCAUAUUUCAGAGUGAAAAUAACAUUGAAUGUGUGCUGUGUACAUAAAGUAACAAUGAGUGACAAU